AUGGGGAUUUUGCCUCUGUCAUUUGCUAUUCGAACCGCACUACCUGAAGGUUGUUACGUAGUGAUUGAGACGACAGAAGGUAACCGGCAAGGUUGUCUUGUGUUGUCUGAAACGGCUAGUGUUUUCGACUCAUUUGCAAGGUUCGCUGUUGAGCCGGCGAGCGAUGGUCUUGUGCACAUAAAAUCUCGCUACAACAAUAUGUACCUAUGCAGAAAAUCUGAAGAGAGUGAGCUAAUUGCUGCUGCAGCGAGUGAACGCAAGGAAAACAUCGCAAAAUGGAGCUGUACGUUGUUUAGAGUUGAACCGAGAGAGCGUGAGCUUCUUGAUUUUUAUCAUACUGGGACUGGGAAGCUAGUUUCUUUUGACUGGAACGGAGAUAUUCAUGGCCCUUUGAUUUUACCUGGUCCUGGUGAUGUAGCAGUCGGCUCAGUUCUAACAGUUGAUGUUGAGGCGAUAGUAAGACUGCCUAAACGUGUUUCAUUCAAAGGCGAUAAUGGUAAGUAUUUGAGUUAUCAUAUGGCUGGUGAGGUACCGUACAACUCGUUUACUCGUGAUGAUAACAUCGAUCAAGUGUCACAUUAUGAGAUCAUUGAAAAUAGACACGCAGAAAUUCGUAUCAAAUCGUCACAUACUAAGAAGUUUCUGAGAUAUGGUGAUAACGGUUGGAUUGUGGCUGAUGUUGCCUCAAUAGAACCGGAGAAGUACAACCGAAACGAAAUAUUUAAGGUUGUUAAGGUUGGUGACAAUGUCAUUGCGUUGCGAAAUGAAGCCGGUCAGUUCUGCAAGAGAGUGGAGGAUGAAAAUGGGAUCAGCUGGUUAAGAGCUUGUAACGAAAGCUAUGUAGAACACCAAGGUCGGUUUGUAGUGGGAGAGCCUGUGUUUGCUAGGAGAAUGGAUGUCCAAUUUCAAUUUAAAGAUGCAAAGAUUUACGGCAAAGAGGUAUGCCAAACUGCAGCUAUAUCAGUUGUUAACGGAACUGAUGAAAAACAUGAGCUUUCACAAGGAUUUUCUUAUACUAAAACUCAUUCCGGUACUUGGGGUUCAAGUGAUCAGCUUGAAAUAGGAACCGAGGCAACUCUGACUGCCGGCGUCCCUUUCUUUUCUGAGGCAACAUUCAAGCUUAGUGCUGCGUACACCAGAACUUGGACUCGAGGAAUAUCUGAAGACCAUUCCAAGCAACUUACGUCGACUUAUACAGUCCCUGUGCCUGCUAAGACUAAGGUAACGGUCAAAAUAAAUGAAACAAAGUGUUAA